CUCCCAACCAACCCAUACUCAGAAAACCCACCAAAAAUGUCCCCAAUACCCUCCCCGAACCAAAACACCUCAUCAGCAACAGACGCCGACCUCGACGCCAUCGGCUCCCACUGCUCCCUCCCAACCUGCAACCAACUCGACUUCCUCCCAUUCCGCUGCCCUUCCUGCAAGGGGACAUAUUGUCUGGAACACAGAACCGAAACAGCGCAUAAAUGCCCGAAUGCGCGAAUUUCACCCUCACCGUCCACAACCUCCACAUCCACAUCCACAACUCAGCAACAACAAAAACCCAAUAUAUACACCGCAGAUCAAUGCGCGCAUAUCUCAUGCAAAACACUCAUUAAUACCCUCACUGACCCUGGUGUGCGGUGCGAUCAGUGUCGGAAGGAGUAUUGUCUCAGACAUCGGUUGAGGGAGGGGCAUGAUUGUCGGCCUGUCUCUAAUAAUUAUAAUAGUAGGAAUGGUGCUAGAGGUGCAGGGAAUGUGGGGGGAGUAGGGGGCACGGAUACGUUGAAGUCGAUGUUUGGGAAGUUGCGCGCUUGGGGGAAUAAACCUUCUUCUUCUUCUUCUUCUACCAGUAGUGGUAGUGGUAGUAGUAGUGGGAGGAAACCACCCAGCCGGGCAGUCCAACUGAACAGCAUGAAACGCACCGCCAAGGGGGAGAACAAUAUCCCCAGCGACAAACGGAUCUAUUUACAUGUUGUGGGGACGAGCGAGACGACAAAUAAGCCGGCGACGGAUCCCCCGAGAGGGGACUUUUUCUUCGAUGAGAGGUGGAAGGUCGGGAGGGUGUUGGAUGAUGCGGCGAGACGGUUGCAGGUGGAGAAUGUGAAUAAUCGCGGGGGAGGGGAGGAGGAGAAGUUGAGGGUGUUUCAUGUUGAGGGGGGAGUGUUUUUGGAGUUUGGGGAGAGUGUGGGUGCCAAGGUGAAGUCUGGGGAUACGGUUGUGUUGUUGAGGGGGGCGGGGGUUAUUUUAUAGAGAAACCUCCCGGAGGGAGGU